AUGGCUCGUCCGUACACGCGUUACCCCUGUGGAAUAUACGGUCCACGGAACCUCGCUCGGCGUAAUGCUCGACGAGUAAAGAAUGAGCGUCUCGUCAGAGCUCGAGGGGAGAUGACAGAUGUGCCACCACCACUGAGCCCCGGACAACAGCAGCUCUUCUCCUUUUAUUCUCCGUCUCUCGAGGCUGGUGAAUACUCUGUCGGCGUCAAACAGACUCUAAAGUCCCCUUCCACGAUUGAUGAGCCAUUCGAGAUUCCAGAGACUGGCGCGCCACAGCUCUUCGACGUCGUCGCGCCUCGAUACAGUCUUCCCGAUGGCGCCGUUCAUUCAUCCUUCCCUCCUCAAGGCUAUGGAGCCCUGGCCAAAACACUCCCUCAUGUUGUGCUCUCCGAUCCUCAUCUUGCCUGGGCGAGAGGUGCUUCCGACAGUCCCGCACUGGAGGACCCAGAGUACACUCGUAGUAAAGUUCCUUGGCUGGCGAUGCUCGUCUUCACACAGAACGAGCUCACGCUUUCUGCCGCACAGCUCAGCACUGUUUUCUCUAGUACGAGCCUUGAAGGCAGCGCACAGCAAACCCAAACCUUGACUGUCAACAUUCCCGUUGCCGACGUGCAAAACAUUCAUUCAACCAUCUCACCCAUCUCUGGAGUUACGCCCGAUCCCUUGGAUGACUCCAACGCGGAUAUCGUCAUGGUGCCCUCCGCACUAUUCACUGAACUCUUUACUUCGUACCACGCGGAUGGUCUCCAGGUACCUGACCAGUCCGGCCCCGACGUUGCUCGCUACAAGUAUUUGGCCCACGUGAGAGACAUCAACACACUGGGAAUGGCCGACGCCGGAGUGGAAGAUAAUGGCGUAUUCGGAAUUGUCGUCUCGCAUCGAACUGGUCCUCUAUCCAAUACGCAGCCUCGACCGGUUGUCGCACACCUGGUUUCUAUCGAGGGAGUGGAAUCAGAUUACAUGAAGAGACAGUGGCCGAUUGCCAACGACACCAAGUUCGUCGCCUUGGCCUCGCUUUACAGCUGGAAUUUCAUCACCCUGCCCGAGGGGUCAUUCGAUAUGGAGACAACAUUUGUCAACCUCGGCACUACUCCCGCAGGCCUUAACCUACUACGAGUUCCGGAGACUACGCUGAGCAGCAUUGAUGCCUCAACACCAGUGGGCGCUAGAAUGAAGUCGAGGCUUGAAGAUGGCUAUACAUUGACCAAGUAUCGUACCGCUCUGGGCGAGGAGACCGCAGCUCUCUAUCGGAGCCCAUUUACGCCAACAUUAGUUCCUUAUCCUGUGUUGCCCCCGAAACCAAAGCUAAGGAGUUGCUGGCUCUCAGACUCGGGAAUCGACCUGCAGAUCAUGGAUCCUGCAGUUGGCAUAAUGGACAUCACUUACUCUGUAGCAUGGCAGCUGGGAAAGGCACUGGCAGUGGCCGAUCCGCAUUUCACAACCGCUCUCGGUAGGCUCCGAACAGACAUUUACAGUGGUGGUUUGGAGCGUGCCAGAACAGCCAUUCUGCGGGAACGUGGCAUGUAUAUGACUCGGUCAGAUAUUGCCGACGACCUCUCAGAAACACUACGGCGGCUCAAUACCCUGCACAAGAAUACAAACGGCCUCCACCGCCAAGGCGGCAGUAUGGCAGAUCGAUGGCAGCGGCCGCGACAGCCAAUGUCCAGUUUAUCCUACUACAGCCCCGAGGUCCAAGAUCUCUUUCAUGAGCAUGCACUCCAAGUCGGCAUGAACCUGACCCUUAGCUGUGAUGGUGAUGGCACACAGCGCUACGACGAGUUGAACUCGGCAAGUUCAGCUAACUGGAUGAUUGUCAUCAAGUGGGUGCUGGACAAGAUGUACCUCUACAGCGUUCCAGCACAGUACCUCACCACGGACCCGUCUCACCUCCCCUCGGAAUCGCUGCGCUUUUUUCACGUUGAUCGCAACUGGACAGACGCUCUGGUGGAUGGUGCCCUAAGUCUGGGCAACCAUCUAAGCGGCCCGGACAAUGUUCGCGUCGUCAUUCACAAAAUGAUAGAGGACUUCCUAUUUCCACCGCCCUCAGAUCAAGAGGAAGUGGUUGCGCCCCCUCCCCAGUUUCCCGUCUACGGCUUCUUGUUGCACUCUUGUGCCGUCACUCAGUAUCCAGACCUCAAGGUAUCAGUGGAGUUGGCAGGCGUAACACAGCAGAUGAGUCCUAUUAUACGGCACGAGAACCUCGAUACAGUCAGAGGUAUCAUGCUCUGUCUUCUCGACCAUGCACCGGGCAAUCCGGGUCUGGCGUCAGUCACCUUCACGCAGCCUCCUCAUCAACAGUCCUUCAUUGCUGGCGCGGAGUUAGACUCUCAGCACAUCAAGACUUCAUAUAAGCGUAUCUACACUGCGUCCAAUCUUGCACCAAAUCCUCUCCCUUGGAAGGCCGUUGAAUGGUUUCGUGAGGCUAACAAUGAUGCUACUCCCCCUCCGCCACCCCCUUCACCGAAAUUUGUCUUUAAGUGGGGUCUCGAUCCUGAUCCUGAGGUUCGCACAUUGCUUCUUGUGCCAUGGGCCGCGGACGUUAACAAUAUUCUUAAUUAUUAUGGUGAAGACGGGGGCAUCUACAAAGAUCUUUAUCCAAAUUCGGCCAUGGCUGGGAUUCAGCUUAACAAUCCAAUAUAUCGGCUCACCAUCUCAACACCCCAGCCUGAUAAAGGCAAGGGGCAGAGUUUCGAAAGAACCGUGGUGGCAAGUCUCCCGCCGGUUAUGAAAGCACAGAUUGCAGCAAAGGAGGUAGAAACCACCGUAUCCCCAUCAAUUCUCCCUCUCCCAACAAAGGAGUCUUCCAUCUCCAGAGCCACAACGGUCACAAAACGACCACCCCCUAGCGUUCGUGUCGGCUCGGGAUUCGAGCUUGGAAUGGGCCAUGGAUAUCCAAGAUACACGCCUCCCCAUUACCAGCGUGUCGUUGCGAACCUCGACAGACCAUUCCCUAUUUCUCGCUCUAUACACAACAGCGACAGUGAGUCGCCCGAAGGCGGCAGCCUUGGUGGUGGUCCCGUCGUCCCACCCACAUUUAAGUACAUGGUCCGCCCAGUCGACAAUGACCCUACAAAAGACGGCAUUCCCGCUGGCACCAGUAUCCCUCAGGAUCUUGUCUUCAGGGUGGCAAUGACAGACCCGGGCACUGACGGCUUCCACCUUGAGCAGCUAGUCAUUCUUUUGCAGCUCGCGGUCAAGCCCGGGGACGAAAAAUACUGCCUUCUCGCUGGACCUACGUACACUGGGCCAGGACCGUUCAUGACCAGCAAUGUACGGUUCUUUGUGCAGGCACAGAUCCAGCCGCCCUCAGACAGUGAUCCCUACACUUACCUGGCACUCAGCGUUCAGGCCCGCAGCACGCGCGGGUGGGCGGAACAGGGAAUGUACAACGACCUGACAUUCAUUCUACCCGUGUGUGAUAUUGCGCCGUCGUCCCCAUCACAGACAUUUCCGCUCAAAAUCACACCGUCUUAUAAUGGGAGGACGCCAGUAGAGCAGACAGAUUAUUACGCCAUCAAGAUUCAGAACGCGUCUAAUUGA